AUGGCUCCAGUCGUUUUCACUACCAACAACACCACCAUCUCUCUCGACUCUACCGUUGCGUCAGUCGACCUCGGCUUCCCCCAGGCCUAUUCACUCAGCAACAACGACACUGAAAGCGCAGCCCCCCUUACUGGAACUUCCACAAGUAUCAUAGUCACUUACCUCAACAACACCCCGGAGCCCGUGACAUACAAUGUCACCCAGGGAGUCAACUUCACGCCGAACGCUACUGUGACAAUCACCGACGGUGGCGCCAGUGGCAAUACCCUUGUUGGCCUCGACGACCAAAACAACAAGGCUAUCUGGACCAAGGCUUAA